AUGGCGCAACGACGCAAUGAUGGAUCUCUAUCUCCAACUUCAAGAAGCUCGCGUUCAGGAUCUCCUGUACGCGGGAAUAGCUCGGCUACCAAUGCAUCGGCGGCCGUACGGCAAUCAGGUCUGCGAAGUGUGGUGAGCUCCGGGGCGAUAUCGCAGGCCUCUCGCGAUUUCUUACACAGUCUGCCAAAUGGGAAGGGCAAGGGGAAGGAGAAGCAGUUUGAAGAGGCCGCGGACUAUUUGAAUGAAGGGAUCCCACAUGAGCGAGUGCAAAAUGGAAUGGCCGAUGCUUCCCUCACUUAUCCGCUCUCCUCUCCAGCAAUGAAGGAACCUGGGCCUGUUCCGCAAGAUCAAGUGGGUGGCACGUCUACCCCUCCAGGCCGGAGGAGUGUACAAUUCAGGAGACGAGAACUUGCCGCGGAUAUUUCGGGACAUUCAAGAAACGAGUCAUGGGAGGAUGCAGAAACGCCAAAGGACAAGCGUGGACAGUCCCUCAUGUCAAAAUUGAAGGCUCUGGCGUCUCCGAGUAGCUUGCAGACCCAUGGCAGGAGCCCGAACAACACUGCGAACUCCUUCGAAGAGGGGACUGGAUCCGCUCCCCUUUCUCCGACCGCAGAGCGACCCUCGAGAUUUCCGUCGACUUUACAAGAGGAGGAUAGCGAUGCGGACGCUGAUGCAGAGGAAACGGCCGAUGAAGGGAACGCCGAAGAUCCGGUUCGGGCAAAGAAGAAACGCAGAUUCCGAAGACCUAAAGAGGAAUCAAGUAGGGGUCAAACAGCACCGAAUACUCCCAGGGCGCGGAAUAUGGGCCAGACAGAUUCUCCAGUCGGGAGCAGUCGUGGGUUCCCGUUCCUCCAUCGCAGGGCUACGGAUGGAUCAUUGGAACAAAGAGGACAUUUAUCCGAGGGCGAGGGUCGAGACAGACUAAAUGGUCAAAGUGCUUGGAAGCGUGGAAGUUCCUGGAUUGGAGGCAGCCGUGGGUUGAGCUCUGGAGGGCAGCAAGCAGAUAUCGGACUUGAUGGAACUCCAGGACACGCACGAAGGCCAAGCCAUUUUCUGAAGGUGACAGGCUUUGGAGGUGGGCAAAGCGAAGGAGAAGGACAGACUCCAAAGAGACCAUUCUUGGCUGCGGAGCGGGCAACGACAUUCGGUGCUCAAAGGUGGCGAAUGUUGAAGCACGGCUUGAAGCUACUCGGCCAGAAGAAGGAGGAACACAAGGUGGACUUUUUAAAAUCGGCCGAGUUGAUGGCGGAACUACGAGCCGGGGCACCAGCUGCGCUCAUGCUGGCUAGCAUGAUCCAACGCGAUGAGCAUGGCAACAAGCGAAUACCUGUUCUCCUUGAACAGCUCAAACUACAUAUCACCGAUAGUAGAUCGAAUAUUGAAGACCCUACUGAAAGUGAACGCCACCUAGUGUUUCGAAUCGAGCUCGAAUACGGCAGCGGCCUGAAUCGCAUGAGAUGGAUCAUUCACAGAUCAUUGAGAGAUUUUGCCAAUUUGCAUUUGCGUUACAAACUCCAAGGAAGUAGCGACAAGUACAUACAAUUGCGAAGUGACAUCGAUUCGAGACCUAAGCAACCGAGAUUCCCAAAAUCCGCUUUUCCUUAUUUCAGAGGUGUACGAGGCCUGGGUGAGAGCAGCGAGGAGGAGGCUGAGAAUGUUCGCGCAGACGAGACCGUCGGGGAGGCAACCCAUAGCGAGACAGAGCGGAAGAAGAAGAAGAAGCGAAAGCCUGCUAUGAAUCCUCGGAAAUCGAGCGUCGCCGGGCCAGACUUUGGUGCAAGUCAUGCUGAGGGAGGCUUGGCUACGUCUCAGCAAACCAAACUGUACAACGAAAGACAGCGGAGACGACUGGAACAAUAUCUACAAGAAAUGAUUCGAUGGCUCAUUUUCAGAGCAGAUAGCAAUCGACUCUGCCGGUUUCUUGAGUUAUCUGCUUUGGGAGUUCGACUGGCCGCGGAAGGAAGCUAUCAUGGAAAGGAAGGCUACUUGGUCAUUCAACCUGCAAAUGGUUUGAAUUUCCGCAAGCUCGUAACGCCACAGAAGAUUUUCUCUCGACACUCUCCCAAGUGGUUCUUGGUCAGACACAGCUACAUUAUCUGCGUUAAUUCCCCCGAAAAUAUGCACGUCUACGAUGUCUAUCUUGUAGAUCCGAAAUUUGAGAUCGUAAACAAACACAGCAAGCUAUCCGAGAUUUGCGGGAAAGAGAUAGUAGCUAAGACAGAGGCAAAGGCAAAACAUCCCCAACACCACAGCCUCAAACUGAUCAACUCUGAACGAAAGAUCAAACUGCUGGCCAAGAACGAGCGCCAAUUGAGACAAUUUGAAGAUUCGAUUACUUACAUGUUGAACACUACGCUGUGGGCUAAACCCAAUCGCUUCGGAAGUUUUGCUCCUAUUCGAACGGGUGCUUAUGCUCAGUGGCUUGUCGACGGCCGUGACUACAUGUGGAACGUUUCCCGAGCAAUCAAUCAAGCAAAGGAUGUUAUCUACAUCCACGACUGGUGGCUAAGCCCUCAACUAUACAUGCGGAGACCGGCUGCUAUCAGUCAGAAAUGGCGCUUGGACAGACUUCUCCAGAGAAAGGCCAGAGAAGGCGUGAAAGUCUUCAUCAUUGUCUACCGGAACGUAGAAGCUGCCAUCCCGAUCGAUUCUGAGUUCACCAAAUUUUCCAUGUUGGAUCUUCACGAGAAUAUCUUUGUGCAGAGAUCGCCCAAUCAGUUCAAGAAGAAUCAAUUCUUUUUCGCACAUCACGAGAAAAUUUGUAUCGUCGAUCAUUCGGUUGCAUUUGUUGGUGGGAUUGAUCUCUGCUUUGGUCGCUGGGAUACACCUCAACAUUCUGUCGUGGACGACAAGCCCACCGGAUUUGAGCAGUCAGACCUCCCAAAGGAUGCAGAUCACUGUCAAUUGUGGCCUGGAAAAGACUACUCCAAUCCUCGAGUGCAGGAUUUCUUCGGGCUUCAUGAGCCCUACGCGGAGAUGUACGACCGGUCCAAGACACCCAGAAUGCCGUGGCAUGAUAUUUCCAUGCAGGUUGUUGGUCAACCAGCGCGAGAUUUGACUCGCCAUUUUGUCCAGCGAUGGAAUUACGUUCUGCGAGGACGGAAGCCGACAAGACCUACUCCAUUUCUCCUGCCUCCCCCAGACUAUACCACUGCCCAGCUCGAAGCUUCUGGUCUCACUGGUACCUGCGAGGUCCAGAUCUUGCGAUCUGCUUCCGACUGGUCCUUAGGAAUCACAGAAGUCGAGCAUAGUAUCAUGAAUGCUUAUUGCAAGAUGAUUGAGGAAUCAGAACAUUUUGUGUACAUGGAGAAUCAAUUCUUCAUCACCAGCACGGAAACCAUGAACGUCAAGAUCAUCAACAAGAUCGGGGAUGCUAUUGUGGAACGUGCAAUCCGUGCUUUCAACAAUAACGAGAGCUGGCGCGCUGUCAUUCUCAUUCCACUAAUGCCAGGUUUUCAGAACACAGUCGACGAAGCUGAAGGCACGAGUGUGAGAUUGAUUAUGCAAUGCCAAUUCCGAAGUAUUUCUCGUGGCGAAACGUCAAUCUUUGGACGCUUGAGAGCCCAAGGUAUCGAUCCCGAGGAGUACGUCCAAUUCUACAGUCUGAGAUCAUGGGGUCGGAUCGGACCUCAAAAGAUGCUUGUGACGGAGCAAUUGUACAUCCACGCCAAAGUCAUCAUUGUCGAUGAUCGUAUUGCGCUGAUUGGGUCGGCAAAUAUUAAUGAGAGAUCUAUGCUUGGAAAUCGAGACUCCGAAUGUGCAGCCGUGGUUCGAGAUACCGAUAUGCUGUGGUCGACUAUGGAUGGUGAACCAUACCUUGUGGGACGAUUUGCCCAUACCCUGCGAAUGCGGCUAAUGAGGGAACACCUGGGUCUUGAUGUAGAUGCCGUCCUUGAGGAAGACCGCAAAGCAGAGCUGGACAAGGAAGCGGCCGACUACGAGAACCAAAUGAAUGGAAUAUACCAGGAGUCGGACGAUAGCGAUGAACCGCCACAUCCGAGUGUCGCACAUACUAUUGAUGCUGCCAAUGUCGAGGGGUUACACAGCUUCAAUCAUGAUGUGGACUGGGAGCAGGGCGACAACCCCAACUUGCAAGCUGAAAGUUAUAAACCUGUAACGUCUGAUAAAAGAGUCACUGGUAACCAGCGCCACGCCGCAGAGGUGGAUGGCGAAGGUAACGACCAGUGGGCAGUGGCCCGCCAGACAGGGCAGGACCUUGGUAGAGAUACUGUCUUGGUUGAGGGAGGCCGUGAGGUGCUUCUUAGCGACAUCGCUUCAGAAGGCAAAGGGACACUGGACCACCCAGCAAAACAGCAUACCCGUCGCCAUCAACGGGAGCACCGCGGGAGUCACGAAGAGCCUGGUGGUAAUAACAACCUUCCACCAGCGCCUCGCCUGCCGAGAAGAACAACAGAACAGCUUGGACUUCCUCAGUUAUCUCAACUUCCUGCUCUUCCUACAGUUGAUGACACAGACAUCGGUGGACCACCAGUGUAUAUUGAUUCCUCGGGAAAUUCAGUACCGAAGCCCUUCAACCCAGUCACCGACGACAUCAAACGUGCGCAGGUGGACAAGGACUGUAUGCGAGAUCCCCUGAAUGACUCGUUCUUCGAAAAUACCUGGCGCCAGAUUGCAGAGAACAAUACCAAGAUCUUCCGACGAAUCUUUAGGUGCAAUCCAGAUAAUGAGGUAACCAACUGGCAUGAGUACACUGAUUAUGUGGCCUAUGCCGAACGUUUCGCCCAAGCUCAAGGUGGUGGCAAGAGUACUGAACGGGCAGAGCAGGAGGCCCCUGGCAAGAGUGGUCCCCCAGGGGCAACCUUGGUGGGUCCAGGUGUGGUCUCUCAAGGCCUGAAUCAUCUCGCCGAGAAGGUCCACCACGGGCAAGACAACCACCCGCUAGGAACUGUUGCUGAGAUGGCACAAGAUGCCGAAAUUCGGCAUGCAGAUCGAAUUGACACGUCGGUGGCUAGGGGAGCCGACGUCAAUGGCCAAUUCGAUGGCACAAAUGAGAGGGCUGCAACGGGCAAAGCACAAGUUGAGGCACCGUCGCCGGCUCAACCCGCUGGGGCUGAAACAUUCCCGUCACUCGAUUCCAACCUCCUAAUCCCCCCCGGAACAGAGCACGAGCAGAUAACGCAGCCACAUCGGAAGACGACAUUUUCCUCAUCGACAUCGACGGAGAAGGACAAGAGCCAGACGAACGGAAGUAACGUAGGAAACGGAGGCUCUUUCAAGAAGCGCCGCCGCGGCACUACGAAAAGCCGGCGAGGCUUUUCUGGUAGUGAUGAUCUACUAGACAAGGUGGACGUUGAGGAGCUUCUCAGUCUCAUCCAGGGCCAUCUCGUUGUGUUCCCGCACGACUGGCUCGUCAAGGAAGAACUCAACUCCAACUGGCUGUACCAGGUAGAUCAGGUGGCGCCUCUGCAGAUCUAG